AUGGGUCUGCGAUGGAGAAAAGCACUUCCUCGUCUGGUGUUGCCGCUGCUGAUGCUGUGGCUGGCUCACGCGCCCUGCGCCAACGGGGGCAUCGGCCCUCCUCCGGGUGCGCAGGUGUACUCCCCUCCCGACACCCUGGAGUUUGCCAAGCCCUUCAAGGGCCCCGUCGCGGGGCCGCCCUUCGCAAAGCGGCCCCCGGGGCCGCCGCCCUUCUCCAAACCCGGCCCUCCGCCAGGCCCCCCGCUCGGGCCGCCUCAGGGCCCGCCCAGGCCGGCGCUCAUCGGGCCCAGGCCAGCCUUCCUGCCCGCGCCCACCUUCGUGUCGCCCAAUGGGCCUCCGAGCAAUCCUCCGGGAUCCAAACCUCCGUUCGGGCCCCGCCCUCCCAACGGCCAGCGACCUCCCCAGAACGCCGCAGGCCCACACGUGGAUAGCGAAUCGUCUUCUACGGAGACGGAGUCAUACAUCGGACCUCCGCACGCAGGAAGACGUCCUCCUCCAUCGCAUGGACCUCCCCCCGGCGUGAACCUUGGCCCUCCCCCAGGCGCGCGGCCGCAGUUCGACCCCUUCCCUUCCGCCAAUGACAUCAAGCCAGCGAAGGCACCUCCUCACCCGGGAAGGCAACCUUCAUUCAACGGCCCCCCGCCUUCCAAGGGCCCCCCUGGCGGCAACGGGCCUCCCCCAGGCGUCCCCAGACCUCUGCCGGGCGGCCCCAACGGGGAACACGUGGCCUCACCGUCCGAUGUUCAUCUAUUGGUUGGCCCUCCACGCCCAGGUCGGCGACCUCCGCCCGGGCAUGGGCCUCCUCCAGGCGUCAGAGGACCUUCCAAUCAACAUAGACCUUCCAAGCCCUUCAACAAACCGCCUGCGAGCUCCAGCGGGCCCCAAGGGCAAUCAACAGACCUCAGCCCUGUGUACGGGGCUCCUCCUGUUGGCGCCGCCCCGUCACCUUCGUACGGGCCGCCGACGGAUAGCUACGGGCCGCCGGUCCACGGCGGCGGCGGGGGAGCUGGCGACGACGAGACGUACUACGAGUACGUCAAAGUACCCGCGAAAGGACAGUACGAGUUCGGGUUCGAACGCGGGAACCCCAACCACAUGAUCUCUCGUUACGAGAAGGGGAAGAACUGGCGGUUCAAGAGCAAGGUUUCUUGGAAAGACAAGUACGCGGGCAGCGGUCUGCAGCUGUGGGAGUACAACCACGUGGACAAGGGCAAGGGCAAGGGCGGCGGGGGCGGCAAGCCUCCGUGGGCCGGAGGCGGUGGC